CGUUCACACAGUAUCCACAUUAUUAUUAUGGUAAUUGUGAUUGAUUACCAUAAUCCUAUACCCCAGGCCCAAACUGUGAUUUCUUUUUGCAAUAUUUCCGCUAUUUAUUUAGUAAUUCAAUGUCAGUCGGUACUCUUAACUUCUCAUUUCCCAAUUUCGCCACAAGUUUCCAAAUCUUUGAUCUUCCACACUCUCUCAACUAAUCAGACUUCUGUCAUGGUUCGGUCGAAGGUUAAAUAUGAAUUCGUUGCGGAUGACCGCACACGUCGUGAGACGUUCAAAAAAAGAAAGAUUGGUUUGUUGAAAAAAUUGAAAGAACUGGGAACUCUGUGUGACGUUGAAGCGUGUGGAGUUAUCAUCAAUAGCGAGGGGACCCAGUUAGAAACAUGGCCUUCCCCAAAUGAAGCAUCCACAACAAUCCAAAAAUUCUUAGCUCUGCCAUCUUCUUCCCACACAAACCAUCGGGUUGACCAAGUUGGAUUUCUUAGGCAGAAUUUGUCUAGGUUAUCUAAGAACUUGGAUAAAGAGACUCAAAAAGUACAUUCUCUAGAGAAGGAGUUAUUCUUGGCUGAGUCUGUGGCUAGAGAAGAGGCGACUGUGCACGAUCCUUAUGAAUUGCACGAUAUGAUUCAUUUUCUGGAGAAGAAGAUUAAAAUGGUCGAAUGCAGGAUAACUGAGAAUGAGACUUAUAGCUCUAAGAUGGAUCAGAUGUUCAACAUUGUUAAUAUUUCGGCUCAUUAG